AUGGUUGUGGCCCCCAAGGCGCUGCUCCAGAAGGUUGGUGACUUCAUCCUUGAGGUUGACGGCUGCUCCAUCUCCCCAUCUCCUGAAGUCCGCAACCUGGGUGUCAUCUUUGACUCCACCCUUUCCUUCCACUCCCACAUCGAGUCUGUCACCAAAUCGGUCUUUUUCCAUCUAAGGAACAUUGCCAUCCGACCGCCACUCUCGGAGUCGGUUGCCGAAACCCUAGUCUAUGCGUUUGUCACCUCCCGCUUGGACUACUGCAAUGGUGUCCGGUUUGGGGUCCCCAACAAAACCCUGGACAGGCUCCAUCCCUCCAUGCCCAUGCCCCCCAGUACCUAUCGGACAUCCUUCACCCACAUGCCCCACCCUGGAACCUGCGGUCUCCAGGCUCUGUCUUGGAGCAGUAUGGAAGACAUAAGGCAGAAACAGCAGAGGCCAUCAGUGCUGCGCCAGGUUUCCCAAACCGCUUCCAGUCAACCCCACGAAAAUAAUGCAGUCGUCUUCAUUUGCAAGGAAGAGGUGGAUGCAGACUCUCUUCCCCAGUCUUCCUCACCACAAAUGGGCUCUUCCUCUCCCAGGCAGAAUCAUCACUUCCUCCCAGUGAGGAGAGAUGUUCAUGUUCAGAACUCCAUGGAGGCCAGGAUUCAUGAUGGCAUCUCAGGCAGGACCACUGCUCUGUCUGUGGGUGGGCUCUGCCGCUGGCCCGGCUGUGAUGUGCUGUCUGAGGAUUUCCCCUCUUUCUUAAAGCACCUCCACUCUGAACACAGUCCUGGUGACAGGAGCAUCGCUCAGUGGAAGCUCCAGCAAGACGUCGUCCAGUGCAUUGAGAGCCAGCUCAUCCUGGAAAAACAGAAGCUCAUUGCAAUGCAACUUCAUCUACACCUCUCUGAACACAAACACACUGAUUUGGCAGCGUCUCAGUGGCCGUACAGCCUGCGUCUGUUCCUGCCCCAGCCCCCGGGCACAGAGGGAGACAGAGUGCAACAGUGGGGCAUCAAACAUCGGGAGGGGAGGGGGGGGCAGCACGGCCCCAGAGCUCCUGCCUCUGCCCACCUGCUGCCAGAUUUGGUUCCAAGUAUUGAAUGCUACAAAUACAACAACAUCAGGCCUCCGUACACCUAUGCGUACUUGAUAAGAUGGUCUAUCCUGGAGUCUACUGACAAACAGUGCACGUUGAAUGAGAUUUACAACUGGUUCACGACCAUGUUCUUCUACUUCAGACACAACACUGCUACCUGGAAGAAUGCAGUGCGGCACAACCUCAGCCUACACAAGUGUUUUGUGCGUGUGGAGGGAGGAAAGGGAGCCGUGUGGACAGUGGAUGAAACAGAGUACCAGAGGAGGAAAGGACAAAAGUAUCACAGGGACUGUGCAGAGAAGUGGAUCUCGCCAUACUCCCAUUACUGUGUGGAGGAGCCCUGAUGAGCAGCAGGUGGCAGCACUGAGGGCCGCUCGGCCUCGCAGAGUUAGACAGAGCUGCAUGAGAAACAGAAGAAUCUGUUGCAUCUUUUCACUUUGUAUUUUUUUCUAAUUAAUUAUUAAAAAACAUGUAUUCUUUGUAAGUUUAAGAUGUGUUGUACACAUAUCUGACAGCAGUUUUUAUACUCACUGAUUUAUAACUGUAAACAAAGUGUCAAUGAAGCAAACAUUGUGUUGUUUUUCUUCUGCAUGAUUUUACCUAUUCAGUCAGUAGGUCGGAGGUCAAAUGUAUCUUUCCCUGAACACAUCAUUUCCCAUAGAGAGAGAACACCCCCCUACACCGUGUCAUCCUGAACUUGACGCCGUAGCACUGUGGUUUUCAGUGAUUUCACAACAAGGCACAGCAAACCUCUUUCCCCUACUGUUCUACUUUCACACAGAAACCCAUGUAAAAAUACAUUCUUCUUCAGUUAAAAAUGCAUACAAAACUUUAUAACAACCAAUCUCUUAUAGUAAAUUUGCUAAAUAGUAAAUAUAAAAAAAUAGCAGAGAAACAGAAACCAAAAACCUUCCCUGACUCAGCAGGCACACGUUUAUGUUUGUGUCACAUCUAGUGACACUGGACCCCAUAGUCCAGUGUCACUAGAUGUGACAUAAGCACAUAAACAUGAAUAUGUGGCUCAGUGGAUAGUGUACUGGACUUUGAAUCGGGAUAGCAAGUUCGAGUCCCAAUGUCCUUGUG